GUGAGCUCACACUCACACACAAACAACAGGAAACGCUGGAUGGAUCAGCUGUGGUGACGACAGGUUAGAGAAAAGUAACACAUCCAUGAGUAACGUUACAACUCGGAGCUGAAUUUUAUUUUCUGUUUUCCGUUAAAGCACCGCGAUGGCCGGCACCGCGCUGAAGAGACUCAUGGCCGAGUAUAAACAGCUGACCCUGAACCCACCGGAGGGAAUUGUUGCAGGUCCAGCCAACGAGGAGAACUUCUUUGAAUGGGAGGCUCUCAUCAUGGGUCCUCAGGAUACGUGUUUUGAAGGUGGAGUGUUUCCAGCCGUCCUCAGCUUUCCGUCAGAUUAUCCUCUCAGUCCUCCGAAGAUGAGGUUCACAUGCGACAUGUUCCACCCCAACAUCUAUCCCGACGGCCGUGUCUGCAUCUCCAUCCUCCACGCCCCCGGAGACGAUCCCAUGGGAUAUGAGAGCAGCGCCGAGAGAUGGAGUCCUGUCCAGAGCGUGGAGAAGAUCCUGCUGUCUGUCGUUAGCAUGUUAGCAGAGCCGAACGAUGAAAGCGGAGCGAACGUUGACGCGUCUAAAAUGUGGCGCGAGGACCGAGAGCAGUUCUACAAACUCGCCCAGAGGAUCGUACGCAAGUCGCUGGGCCUUUAGAGAUGAUGUCAUCAGCCCGCGGCGGCCAGCGGCGCUCUGUGUACGUGUCUUCUCCUGUCUUUUUUUUUUUUUUCUUUCUUUUUCACUCUGAGAACAAACGUGCAGCGACGACGAAUGAAGGAAGAUCUGAGCGUGGAAACGGAUAAAGCAGCCACACACAGAGCGCCGCGGAGACGUUUGGAUCCACUCAGAAUCCAAAAGUUACUCAACUUUAAAUUGACUGAAAGUCGACAGAA